ACCUCACCGGAGGCGAGACACACGGCACACAGACAGACAGACGGAAAGACAGGAAGACAGGAGCUAAAAUGGUCUUAAACUGGAAUACACAGCGACUGACAGCACACUGCAAACAUGGACUCUGAAUCUUUGGACCGGUGCAUCCAGUCGGCUCUGGCAGCCCUCUACCCACCCUUCCAAGCCACAUCCCCAACUGUCCUCUGUCAGGUCCUCAGCGUUGUGGAGCGCUGUUACCGAGGAGACGGCCUCCGCUACCUCCUCCACUUCCUGCUGCCGGCAAAGCAGUUCUUACAAAACCUCCAGCAGGAUGCCUGUCUGCAGUACUGUGGUUUCCUGUUUCGUCAUGAAGGCUGGCCUUUGUGCAUCCACGAGAAGGUAGUCGUGCAGCUCAGUCAUCUGGACCCACGCCUCCUCCGUCCAGGAGACUUCUACCUGCUGGUUUCUCCUUCUGCAGCCCCACCCCCUCCUCGAGCACACAGGGCCUCCUGGAGGGGCGACAACCCGUUAAAACCGCGCCUGCUCCUGUGCAGCAAGUCGGCCGGCAGCCAUCAUGUGGAGCAGCAGGAGGUGUCUGGCGUAGCUCUGCAGUCGCUCUUUAGCAUGGCCUGGUUAGACUCCGUCAACAGGGAGAGGGAGCAGCGCGGAGCACCCAGGUUGGAGCGCUGCCUCCUCUCCGCCCACGGAGACGUCUUUAGGGUCCCCUGGGAGGAUCUGGUCUACCCACAAUUCAUCAGUCGGCCCUGUGCUGCUCCGAAGGAGGACCAGGACUCCUCCAUUAAGGGCAAAGAUGUGGCAAUCAAGACAUCAUCUGACAACAACAGAGAAGCAACCUCUUCAAGUGAUGUGAAGCACCUCCCAUCUUCGCCUAAAACAGACCAAUCACCAGCAAACAGCGGGGGCGAGGACUCGGAGGGGGAGUACGUGGAGCUGACGGAGCUCCCGCUUCCUCGCUUCUCCCCACAGAAAGGCUCUUUAACCCAGUCCAUCAGCCUGCAGCACCGAGCCAGGACAAGUACACAUACCACCACACACACACUGUCUGCUGCUACCGCACUCACUCCUCAAACCACCAACAUACACUCUGCUGCUUCCACACUCACUGCUCACGCACACAGCAACUUCCCGCAGCCCUGUGAGGAUGCAACCUGCAGGCUCAUGGAAGAGAGCAUCCACCAGGACCACCGUGAAGCUGUGGUCCCGACCCCUUUCUCCUCCUCUGCCCCUCCUGAAGUCACAGGAACAUCCAUCUGUGAAUCGGAAGAAACAAAAGGUACUGACACAGGCACAAAUCUGAACACUAAACCUGAAACCUGCACAGAAAUGAGCGUGGAGGAGGGGGGGGAGGAGCAAAGUAACAAGGAGGAAGCUGUAAUUUCAGCUGCUGAGGAAGAAGAGGAGGUGCCAAAGGAGGAAAAGUUCCCAAGUGAUGAGGAGGAAGCUGAAAGUGAAGAUACAGAGGGAGAUGGAGAAGACGAGUUGAAUGAAGAUGGAGAAGAUGAGGUAGAAGAAGGCCCAGAGGAAGUAGAGGUCGAGGAGGAGAUACAGGUUGUGAUUGUGCAACAAAGUAAAGAAAGAAAUGAGGAUGAGGAAAUGGUGACAGAAGAUGCAAGAGGAGGAGAGACAGAAGAAGAAAAGGGAUGUGGAGAGGUUCACACAGAUAAAGACUCUUAUUUUGAAAGUAACGCACAACAAAAGCAAUCUGAAAACUUUUAUUUAAAAAAUAACACACAACAAGCACACUCCAUCAACUCGGUAACAGAAACAGAUUAUACAGACUCUUAUUCUGAAAAUAACACAAAACAGAAACACUGGCAGGGCUCUUAUUCUGAAAGCAAAACUACAGAACCAUACUACGAGGACUCUUAUUCUGAAAACAUAAAACCAGUAAAAACCUCAAAUUCUGAAAGUGAUGCACAGCAAUCGCACUCCAGUAACUCUUGCUUUGAAAAUUGCAAAACACAAAUACAUUCUGAGGAAUCUUAUUCUGAAAGAAUAGCUACAGAAUCAUAUUGCAAGGACUGUUAUCCUGAAAAUAACAAACAACCACUACACACUGAGCACUCUUAUUCUGAAAACACAGCACCAGAAACGCACUCUGUGGACUAUUCGGAAAACAUAAAAAACGUAGACUCAGAAACCUUAUAUCCUGAAAAUGCCACACAGCGUGCACACGCUGUUGACUCUUAUUUUGAAAGCAACAAACCACAAAGUAAAUCUGAGCAGUCUUAUUUUGAAAACAUAUCUACAGAGUCACGUUGUGAGGACUGUUAUCCUGAAAAUAACAAACAACCACACAUUCAGGACUCUUAUUCUGAAAACACAGUACGAGAAGCACAUUACAAAGACUCUUAUUCUGAAAGUGACACUAAACAGACAGACUCCAGUGACUUUAAUUCUGAAAAUAACAAGCAAGAGAUGGCAAGAGACUCGUAUUCUGAAAGCAACAUAAAAGAAACAGACACUGAGGGCUCGUAUUCUGAAAACACAGCACCAGAAACGCACUUCCCGGACUAUUAUUCUGAAAGUACAGCAAGAGAACGACACGCUGACUCAGAAAAAAAUAAACAGCGUCACACUGAGUGCUGUUAUUUUGAAAAAACAGCAACCGAACCAUAUUACAAGGACUCUUAUUCUGAAAAACAGACACAGCACACAUGCUCUGAAGUGCUCAGCACAGGAUACAAGCAGAUCAAGGAUUUGUUUUCUGAAAACAGCACACAUCUAACACAACAUAGGGACUCUUAUUGUGAAAGCAACACACUGCAAACACAUCAAGGAACUUUUAAUUCUGAAAAAGAAACACAACCUCAGAGCUCUUCUGAAAAUAAUACAGAAGACUCUCACUUAGCAAGCACAUAUUCUGAAAGUACACCUGACCCUGGGGACUCUUAUUCUAAAAACAAAGCACAUUGCGAUGACUUUUAUUCUGAAAGCAGUGCACUUCAGGGACCCACAGAAGAAUCUGAUCAAUCCAGUACUGGUGAGAAUAAUGCGGAGGAGUGUAAAACACUGCACUGCGUCUCCACACCAGCAGCACAUCAAAACUUGCUUCCGACAAAAGCUGAGGAGUCCAACAGUGGACAGGAAGUCCAAAAAGAAGAGGAGCGGUGGAGCUGUGAGGAGGCUGCUGGAGCUUCAGAGUGUCACACUGAAGGCCUCUGCAGUGAGCUGCGUCCUGCCCAGUCAGAGGUUGCUCUGGCUGCUGGUUCGAAUCCGACAGAACAACCAGCAGCUGUUCCAAGGGUAGUCCAGCCUGUCACCCAGUCCUCCCAGUCCAGACUGUACAGUAUGCUGCUGAGGUCUGGAGCUGUUUGUCUGCCUGGAACCAGAGACAAAGGUGGGCGAGCGCUGCUUACCGUCUCCACCACGAGCCCCGUGUGGUCCCACCUGGACUGUGACAGCACUGAGCUGCCCCGCCUCCUCCUUUACUACACCUCCAUCCUCAGGAAGGAGGUGCUAGCUUCGGGGCUGACGGUGUUGGUGGAUGCCCGUGGAGCUGCUCCCUCUCCCGCCCUGUACUCCGCCCUCAGGUCGCUGCAGACACCAGUCUCCAUUCACGGUGUUUUGAUCCUUGCUAACAAGGACUCAUCUCUGCGUGUGGACAAACCUGCAGCUACACAGGUGGAGGUGCUGAGCUCUCCGAAGUCUGUCCAGAAACACGUGGAGCUCCGACAGCUUCCCCUGGGGUUUGGAGGAUCCUUCAUCUUCAGUCAGAGCAGCUGGGUCAGCUUCAGAUUGAGACUGGAGCAGCUGACCCGUCAGUGUGAGGACGUCAUCAGCCUGCUGCAGAAGAGCAUCAACGCGCUGCAAUCCACACCUUUACCGAACACUGCUGAGGAUGCCGAGCUGCUGCUGUCCCGCUACAGGGCAGUGAUGUGCAGCAUCCUCGCAGACAGCCGAUUGGUGCAGCUCCAGCAGGAGGGCGGCGCCUCGCUGGCGUGGCUGCGCAGGGAGGAGAGCAGCGUCGGCGUGGCGGUGGACCAGCGGGCGGCGGUGGAGUCAGUGUCGGCUCUGUACGAGCAGGUGGACGAGCUGCUCCACCGCCUGGUGAUGCUGUCCAACUCCAAAACGCAGGAGCUGAACUUCAUCGCAGACUUCAGGAACCUGGAGCAAGGUUUCAGCGAGGUGAAGACGUGGCUACAGGAGGUUGGUGAAGUUCGUCUGAAGAUUCUGGAAGAGCCCGCAGACUCUCUGGUGCUUCUGAAUGAAAAACAGCAGGACUACAAGGACUUUUGCACAACGGCAUACGACCAGUGUAAACGAGGGAAGGAGCUGCUGUCUCGGCUGGAGCGCCGGGACGACGUGCCGUCCGCUGACCUCCACAUUUACGAGGACAAAGUUCACUCCUUCUGGGCUCAGCUGCAGGAUUUCACUCAGCGGGUCAGCAGUACCGGGCAGAACAUCGAGCGGGCCGUCCGACUCUACGGCUUCUUAGAUCAGGCUUAUGGCUGGGCGCUGCAGGGUAUGCGUCACCUAGCUGGGAUCAGUAUGGAGGACUGCACACUGCCAGACAAAUGCCAAGCUGUGAUUGGCUGCCUGGAGGACUACCAGCGUCUGCACCCACCAAUCCCAGACGCCUGUUUUCAGGAAAUGAAGGUGGCUGCGGGUGAACUGCGGGGCGAGCGAGGCCUUCGUCAGUGGAGCUUCGCUUGGUCAAAGUGUCAAGAGACCAAGAAGAUGUUUGACAGGAAGAUGGAGGCAGCACUCAAGACGCGUGACUCCGCCCACAGGCGCCGCUCUGACUCUGCCACCAGCAGGAGCUCCAUCUCCUCCAGGAAGUCUCUGUCAGGACUCUGGCUCUCCUCCCGCCUGCCAGAGGAGAAAACAAAUGCCUCCUCGGUUCUUUCCAUUACCUCCACCCCUGCUGGCUCCGCCUCCCCUCCCACCCCGCAGCACACGCCGCUCCUCCGGCGACUUUUUCGCAGCUCCUCCUCAGACGAGUCCUCAGACCGUGUGGAUAUCACUUCCUGCAGUCCCAGACUCCACCGCCUGGAUUCUUCUCCCUGCUUCACUCCAUCGUCGUCUUCCUUCUCCCUCUCCUCUUCCUCCUCUUCCUUCUCCUGCAGACGACAGCAGCUCAGGAAGACUCAGAGUUUCGACUGCCCCGCCACCCCGGAGACGUCGCGCUACAGCCCGUCUGCUCGCGCCCUCAGCGAGCCAGUGCGCAGAGGAAACACGGGUGUGUUCAUUCGUGGUCUGGAGGUCAGCAGCACUGAGGCAGCAGACCGCACGCUCUGCCCCAGGACGCCUUCUCACAGCUGGGGAGGACAGGGGCCACAUAGCCCUGGGACACCCAGCACACCCACCGGAGAACCCCGACCCAGGAGCAGCAAGCUGCGUCACAUUGUGGAGGAGAUGGUGAACACGGAGCGCGAGUACGUCCGCUCACUGCGUUACAUCAUACAUCACUACUUCCCUGAGAUGGACCGAGCAGACCUCCCGCAGGAUCUCAGGGGGAAACGCACCGUCGUCUUCGGCAACCUGGAGAAACUCCUCGACUUCCACAGCCAGUUUUUCCUGAAGGAGCUGGAGGCCUGCUCGAAGCACCCGCUCAGAGUGCCGCACUGCUUCCUCAGACACCAGGAGCAGUUCGGUCUGUACGCUCUUUACAGCAAGAACAAACCCAAGUCUGACGCUCUUCUGGCGAAUCACGGACACUCCUUCUUCAGAAGGAAGCAGCUGGAGCUGGGCGAUAAGAUGGACCUGUCCUCCUACCUGCUGAAGCCCGUUCAGAGGAUGAGCAAAUACGCGCUGCUCCUCACUGACCUCAUGAAGGAGGUGGGCGUGGCACAGGAGGCGGAGCUUACGGCACUGCAGUCUGCCACCAAUAUGGUCAAGUUCCAGCUUCGCCAUGGAAACGACCUGUUGGCCAUGGACGCCAUUCGAGACUGUGACGUGAACCUGAAGGAGCAGGGUCAGCUGAUCCGGCAGGACGAGUUCACUGUCUGGAGCGGGAGGAGGAAAUGUCAGCGUCGCAUCUUCCUGUUCGAGGAGCUCGUCCUCUUCAGUAAACCUAAGAAGAUGGAGGGAGGGCUGGACGUCUUCAUCUACAAACACUCCUUCAAGACGGCGGACGUUGGUCUGACAGAGUCGACGGGGGACAGCGGGCUGAAGUUUGAGAUCUGGUUCAGGAGGAGGACAUCCAAGAAUCAGACCUUCAUCCUUCAGGCGACAACGACGGACGCAAAACACGCCUGGACAAACGACAUCGCCCGAAUCCUGUGGACCCAGGCCACGAGGAACAAAGAGAUGCGUUUGAAGGAGAUGGUGUCGAUGGGCGUGGGCAACAAACCGUUCCUGGACAUCCAGCCGAGCGACGCGGCCAUCAGCGACCGAGCCGUUCACUACAUGAUGAAGACCAGAGGUGCCAGAACGCGGGCGUCCAUCGCCGUCUCCGUCUUCGACCAUUCGAAUCCUUUUAAAAGGGGAACGGUGACCUCUGACCCUGCAGCAUUAGGCCCGUCUUCAGCCAGCCUGCUGGGACCGCUCAAUCUGCACAUGUACAGUCAGAGCAUCCCCCCUCCUCCCACCGCUCAGAGCUCCUUCAGCGCUUCGUGCAUCGAGGAGGACGAGCAGGAGCACGAGACCAGCAGCCAGCCCUCCAUGACCACUGAGAGUUCAGGUUCGUCGUCUCGCUGCCUCUCCGGCUCUACUGGCUCCGACAGCGGCUGCGUGUCCUCCCACCUCCAGGAAGCGCUGCCCGAGGAGCCCUCCCCCUCUUCCCCCAGCAAACUGCACCUCAACAGCCCGUACAUUUCAGCUCAGCUGCAGUCAUCAGCCCGGCAACCAUCGUGUGAUCAGCUCGCCUGAAUGACGUUCCUGUUCGUCUGCUUCCUGCUGCAGUUCUGCGUUUCCUCCUGUUUGACCCGGACGUCGGACAGCUGCUUUCAUUUGUGUUGUAAAUAAGGACAGUUUGAGUUCGUCUCCUCGCCGCCGCGUCCGUUUGUCAUGCUGACCCAGGGUCAGUCUGCGGGCGGGCCGGCGUGCUGUGAGGAUGGCAGGUUUGUGUCUGUACAUGUGUGUAAAUAAACCCUCAGCUGAGCGUCUGCUGCCACUUUUUACUUGAAUAAUAAACUGAGUUUGUUCACAUG